AAAUGCAACACUUUCGUUGUAGAUAAAUUUGAUAGUUUAAGUCUAUUGUCUGGCCACAGUAAACAGUGUCUGAUAUAAUAUCGCCUAUGGUGAUCUGCCGUAGCCGUGCUAGUAAUGGAAUAAAACUGAAGCCUUCAUUGGAAUAAAUCUAACCUAAAACUUAUUUGAGCAAAAUGUCGGAAGAUAACUGUGAAGAGGAUUUUGGAUACCGAAAAAAUGCUUUGGCUUUGCGACUGCAGCAGAGGCGCUCGCGCAAAGUGCUAGCCGAACAAGGCAUAAUUCCCCCCCUGAAAAGUCCCGGAACUUACUUUGAACAAGUUCAGCGCUUGCAGCGAGCAAAGAAGGAAGAUUAUCUUAACAGGGCAAUUCAGAUUCGGCCUGACAGAGACAUGCUUGUACAAAAACAUAUUCUAGAAGACACAGUGGCUGCUGGAUCAAUUGUGGCAAGUCAGAAAGAUUUAAAGAAAGCAAAGUUAGUUGAUGAUCUCAAUGAUAAAAUUGCCUUCCGACCUGGGGUUAUUGAACUAGUGGAGCGUAACAUCUUCCCAGCCAAUGACGACAUACAUGAAGCUAUUAAAGGUGGUCAUGUCCAGUAUAAAAAGAUCGCAGAUUUUAUGGAAGAGGAUAGUAGUGAUGCUCUUUCACCCGACCAACACCCCCCUCUUACAUCAAGCCCACCUCUUAUACUACAACUUGCCACCACAACCACUGCCAUUGCAUCUGUUGACAAAAUUUCCUCCUUCCAGGCAAAAGCUGACCAUAACUUUUCAAAAAGUAGCACAACGUCAAUAUUCACUCAGGGAAGCAGUCACCCAUAUCUUUCAAGACAAACAUCGAAGGGUUCCAAGUUAAAUCAAACCAAUAUUGGAAUACCAAGAAUAUCAAAUGCAAGAAGGAAAAAAGAAAAACCGAAAAUGAAGAAAUUCAAAUACCAUCAAUAUGUACCACCUGAUAUGCAAGGAAAAGACAAAGAUCUUCCUAAUCUCCAAGGAGAUACACCUUAUUCACGACUCUUACAGCAACAACAACUUUACCUUCAGUUUCAAAUCAUGAAUAAUCAACGUGCCGCACAACGAUCCGCAGAAUCUUCUCAAAGUGGAUCGUUCCAACAACAGCCAAUGGUCCCUCCUCCACCACCAGUGGUGCAAUCCAUGAAAAUAGAGAAGCCACGGAAGACAAACACAGUUCUAACUCAGAACAAACUUGAUGAAAUGAAAGUUUCUGAGCUUAAGGAGGAACUGAAGGCACGUGGGUUGAAGGUAACUGGUACGAAAGAGGUUUUGGUUGAGAGGCUGAAGCCAUUUUGUGCAAGGCAGGACAAUAUGUUUUUGUCCGAUCUUUGUUCUGACGAGAGUAACUCUGCAUUCGACACUGCUGGCAGUUCGUGCAUGCUGAAUGAUCUCUCCUACCCCAGCAUGAAUAAAGAUGAACAUUCAAACUCCACGCACACCACCAACAGUGAACACAAUCCAUCAACCACAGCUUACUCCAUUGGCCCCUCAACUGUAUUCACGCAUAAGCUCUCACGGAUGCCGGUUCCCGAACAACAUAAGGUCGUCCUCAAACAGGAGAAGAUAACGAUGCCAACGUGGCAUCCCAACCCUGAACCUCAUCACACGGAGCAACCUCAGGGAUACGGGAUGAUGGAGAUAAGCAAAGACAAGAUGCUGGAGAAGCAGCAAAAGGAGAUCAACGAUCUUAAGAGGAUGGUGGAGCUUCACAGAUCACAGUUGCAGCAACUUCAGAUACAGAAGGAACUCGCCGCAAAAGCUCAGCAGUCACAGAGCAAACAACCUGAAGCUCAACUCUCAACUUCUUCGUUUGAGUUUCCAACAGCUCAACUUCGUUUCCACUCUUCCCACUAUAACACCAGUCACUCCAACUCAACGCAGAAUCAAUCGCAAAACUCGGAGCAACCGCCUAACUACGACCAAGCAUACGAGAUGUUGAACGACGGUCCGAUUGAACCACACCAUGAAGCAAACAGAGACAUGGAGGAUUUGCUUGAAUUGCUCACAGAUAGCGGGGAAAUUCCUCCCUCGCCAGUUGUGACCAGGCAGUUGUUGAACGACCAUGCCUCCUACCACGGUAUCAACCACAACUCUACCACACUUCAUCAUAAACCUGUUCCUAACAAUAACAAUUACUCGCGUCAACGUAACAGUAUAGAGUACAGCGUGAUUCUGCAGGAGCAAGCGCAACUGCAGCGUGAGGUGCAGAAGAACAGGGUGAAGCACCCACCCUCAUAUCCCACGAAAGCAAUGGGACAAUAUGUCGGUGAUGGGGAAGUAUCCGACCUUACAAAGAUGCUAGUGGACAGUGCGGGUGACGCGCUCAUGGACACAAGUAACUUUCCCCCUGUGAGUCCACAACAACAAGAGUACGCGAGACACAGCGCACGAAACAGCGUCGACUCCGGAAUCCUUUACUCUACUCCUCACUUCUCUCCCAUGGACACUAACAUGGACUCCAUGGGUAAAGAUAUGGUGAAUGACCUCCGCUUGUCCACUUCCUCGCUCGACAGCGGAGAACAAACACUCAACACGGUGAGUCUCUCGCCCAUGACGUCACCACGGGUCCGGCAUGCGAUGAGCGUCCACCCAAACUAUCAUCAUAUGUCGACUUCUCCGAGGUCAAACCACCAUCUAGUUAAGUCUGCUUCUCAGGAGCUUCUUUCCUCCAACGAUCCACCCCAACCAACCACCAACAAUUCACAGAUGGACAAUGAGCUUGGUUGGCUGGACUUAACUCUCGGGUCUGCUGUGGGAGGCCCACCCUCGCCCGGCGGCCCUUUCGGCAACAUUUCCUUCGAGGAAAACACCCCACAGCAUACGCGACACGCCGCUUACAACGGGGUACACGAGAACGAAAUGUUUACCGGCGGAUCGACGGGCGCCCUUAAUUACACCCCCAGCAGUAACGGUGCGGUGAUAGAUCCUCAGUGGGACUCGUGGGAAGGUCUUCUCAGUCCGAACUACAACACUUAGCGCGAACCAGGCAGAAUUUAGAGAAAUUCUGCUGGUGAAGGUAAGAGAAGGGCCCUCGGCACCAUGCCUGAGCAUUGCUGCGAGGACUUUUGUUUUCAGUUUAACGGUCGGCAGCGUCCGUUAGAUAAACACUCCCGCUGUAAUAUCGCGUGUAUAUAUGCAAGUGAAUUCUGCUUCUACUCCCUGUACGAUCAGUGCUUCCAGCUUCUGCACAAUAUACAUGGUUGUACUUCAUUACACCAUGCAGUGCCAUCAUGUUCAAGACAUGACCCUGUUCCACGGCUGCCGGCUCCUUUUUGAUGUACAAACCAAGCAUUGUAGUACAACAAAAAGUCCUGACCAGCGAAACCAUGUUCGAAACGUACCAACCACUUCCAAAGUAGUACAAAAUAAUCGACAAACAACGUCACUCUUUCUUUUUACGUUAAAAACACACAAAACCGAGUUAGUUUACUGUCCAACAACUCUAUUUUAGUACAGCUUAGAUCUAGUAGUUAAGUAUUUGCACUUCCUGCCUUUACAAGAUUUUAUGUUGUUGCACUUAUUGCAGAUAUGUUUCCGUUACACGGACGUUUCAUUUUACAAUUGUUUUUUUUUUCUACGGGAUUCUGAAAAAGCAAAAAGUUCGACCCAGCAAAAGCAUCGGUUGAUGCCACAACCCACACAUUAUAAAGUGAAAACUUUUUCUUUUAUUCUUUUUCUUUUAAGCAAGCACUAUUUGCCCAUUUUUGACUGCCUAUCCCGUGUAAAUGACAUCAUCAGUAGGUCCAUCGUUUAGGCAUUUUUAACGGACGUUUUGAAUAUUUAAUACUUCGUAACAAAAAUCUUGUUUAACUUGUUUUCUUUUUAACACCGAUCCUUCAAGAUACAAUGCAACCAUUCAACACCGAACUCAACCUGAAUAAUUAAUCACAGCAAAACAGUUUUCAAAAUUGCAAUGAAAUCACUCUAUAUGGUUGCUAUUGACGAAGCGCGUAUAUUUUGUUCGUUCGUGUGUUGUUUUGCUCGAAUACUUUAGUGCCUAUUGCGUUGCGUUUCCUUAUUCCAAGUUUCACCGUUUUUUUUGACAAACUGUUUGCAAUUGCUUUACUAACACUAUUUUCUGCUGCUUGUUUUGCUUCUUGUGCGGAAACCUGUUUUAUAGAUAGACUUCCUCUUUCGUAAGCAGUAUUUCGCCAAGAUAAGUUUUCGGUCGAAAUAGACCACUUUGCUUUGAAUGUGCAGAUUUUUGUUCCUGUGACGUCACUGGGGAGUCCCCGUUUCCUCUCCAGCAACCGUUGUUGUGAAAGAGCGAACAUCAUGCUUAAGCGUUGCAGUGCGACGCUGUGCUGCUCUGGGAUUACUGGCAUUUUCUCAUCUCCCUGUGCCUUAUAGCGUUGAUAUUAAAUCUACGAAUUAUACGACUUUUUAAUCAAA